CUUGUUCCCGCGACAAUGCGGUUUGCUCUCUUCUUGUCCUGGUGCUGCUGCCUGCACGGAUACGCGCUAGGGACUGGCUUCCUCUAUCAAUUCCCAACAUCAACCCUGCAGCAUAACUACCCCGAGCAGAGCUCGGGCUCCCCGGGCAGCGGCUUCGCCAGUCGACGGCAUUGGUGUCAUUACACAGUUACUCGGACAGUUUCCUGCCAAGUGCAGAAUGGCUCAGAAACUGUGAUCCAGAGAGUUUAUCAGAGCUGCCGGUGGCCAGGACCUUGUGCCAACUUAGUGAGUUACAGGACUCUUAUCAGGCCCACAUACAAGAUGUCCUAUCGAACGGUGACCACGCUGGAGUGGAGGUGCUGCCCGGGCUUCACAGGGAGCAACUGCGAGGAGGAAUGCAUGAAUUGCACAAGACUAGCAGACAUGACCGAGAGACUAAACACGCUUGAGGCUAAGAUUCUUCUACUGGAAGCGGCGGAGCAAAGCCCACCUUUGGAAAACAACUUGCCGAUCACUGGAACCACGGCCACGUGGUAUGACGAUUUGCUGCCCGAUGCCUUCCCUCUGCUCAACCCUGACACUGUGUUGCGGAAAGCAGGGGGAUCUGUUGGUAAGGAAAACCUCCCGCCCGGCCUCAGCGCUGUCCCUGCAGGGCAGCUAAGCGAGAGGCCCAGUCGUGGCAGAGGG